AUGUCUAAACCAUCUAUACUAUCUAAUAACUCUUCUAUUAAUCUCACUAAUAAACAUGUUACUACUAUCACUAUAUUUUUACAAACUAAUAACACUACUAUUACUACUUCUGUCUUACAAACUAAUAGUACCACUAUUUCUGUUUUACAAACUAUAAAAAAAGCUGUUCUGAAUCAACCAAAUGUCUAUGAUGAAAACUAUGAUCCUGAAAUUCAACUAGAAUCUGACAAUAUAUUAGAACCCAAAAAUAUAUUAGAAAACACAUUAGAACCUGAGACCCUAUUUGAGCAUAAAACUCUCUUAUUGAAACCAGAAUUAAGUGACUCACUUUUUCAGCAUAAUUAG